AUGGCUCUUGACCACAUAUUUGACAGGGUGCAAGUGCUUCCUCCUGUGCUCUCUCACCUUCUCCCAGGGCUGUUUAUUUUCAGACACAGUAAACCAAACUUCCCCAUACUUCUUCCCAACUUCUCCACAUGCCCCCCACCACUACUAAAGAUGGGGAAGUACUUAACUAAUUUAAUCUUCCCAUGGAAAGUAUCUGAAUGAAGGCAGGACAAGAUGAAGACACAUCCAUUUUCACUUCUAUUGUUGUUUUUUCUCAUGGGCUUCCUGGCAGCAGACAGCAUAAGCCCAAAUGAAGCAAAGCUAAAGAAAACCAAGCUCCCCAAAAUAAAGAAGGAGAACCAUGUCCUCUUGCUGAAGAAGAACAACUUUGACAGAGCACUGAAGGAGAGCAAAUACCUCCUGGUGAAAUUCUAUGUUACUUUAUCUCAGUCUUCUCAGAAUUUAUCUGAAGAAUUUGCUGAGGCUGCACGACAGCUUAAAAAAGAAGCUCCAAGAAUCCAGUUUGGCAAAAUUGAUGUGACAUACCAACAUGAUUUGAGAAAAGAAUUUAAUAUUCAAGCCUUUCCUACUGUGAAGUUUUUUGUGAAUGGCAGCAGGGAAGAUCCCAUAGACUGCAAAGGAGUCAGAAAAGCUUCAACCUUUAUUACAUGGGUAAAAAGAAGAACAGGACCUAGCACUGUUUUAAUCAACUCUACUGAUCAGGCUGAAGCCAUCAUAAAAGCUGAUGAUUUAGCUGUGAUUGGCUUCUUUAGGGAACUUCACACUGACAGUGUGGAAGUUUUCUGUGAGACAGCAAGAGAUGUGCCAGAGAUGCCUUUUGGGAUGACAGCCAGUGAGGAUGUCUGUGCUAACUACGGUGUCCAAAGGAACUCUCUCAUUGUGUUUAAGAAGGGAAAACCUGUGCAUAAUGAAGUGCUUGAAGAUGGUAAACAGAGCAAACUGGGCCUGACGAGGCUAAUCAAAACCUUUACCUUGGAUUUGGUCACUGAAUAUAAUAUUGAGACAUCUGUGAAGAUUUUUGAUGUCCCUGUUGAAAAUCACAUCCUGCUGUUCACCCCAAUGAACUCGGAGACAUUCAAUGAGAUUUACGAAAACUACCAGUCUGCUGCUGCAGAAUUCAGAGGAAAGGUAUUGUUUGUUUUGGUGGAUACUAAUGAAGCAAGGAAUGGACGGAUUUUUGAGUAUUUUCGCAUCAGGGACAUUGAUGUUCCUGCUGUGAGAAUCCUGAAUCUGACCAGCGAUGCCAGGUACAAAAUGCCUGCGGAUGAGGUGACUAUGGAGAACCUGAAAGAAUUUUGCCAGAGCUACCUAAAUGGAAAAGCAAAGCAACAUCUCCCUAGUGAAGAAAUUCCACAAGACUGGGACAAGAUGCCUGUCAAAGUGCUUGUUGGGAAGAAUUUCAACAGUAUCAUCUUCAAUAAGACCAUGACUGUAUUUGUUAUGUUUUAUGCCCCUUGGUCCCAUGAGUGCAGAAAACUCCUGCUGAUCUGGGAUAAGCUGGGAGAGCGAUACGCAAGUCACAAAGACACAAUGAUUGCAAAGAUUGACGUCACAGCAAACGACAUGCUGUCCGUGGCGCUGGAUCGCUAUCCCUUCUUCACGCUCUUCCCUGCCGGCUCACACUACCAGGAAUUGGCCUAUACUGGAGAAUAUACAUUGGAGGCAUUUUCUGAAUUUUUAGAAGAACAAAGAAAGACGAAAGCAGAACCAGGAGAGAAGGAUCCUUUGGGAGGAAUCAAAGAGGAUUUCAGCCAAAAGGAAACUGUAAUAACAGAGAAAGAACUUUAAUAGUACAGAGAAAGAGAAAUAUUCUCAGGAUUGUGAGGAAUCCUUCCUGGAAGGAGCUCACUGGAAAAAUGACUCAUCUCAAGUGAACACAGAGCUGAAUAAAAAAAUAAAAGUAAAGAAUUUAGUAUCCA